CCUUAAUUACAAGAUUGUUUGGGGGCAGAGCAAGCAGUCUGUUCUGUGUGGCUGCAGAGAAAGUCAGUAUAGACUAGGAGAAGUUUGAGGGAGGCAGAUUUAGGUCAGAAUAAGGAGGAACUUUCUAAAGCGAUUUGGAAAUGGAAGUCCAUUUAGUUAGCAUAUGAGGUAAAAUGUCCCCAUGCUGGAUGGCCUGUUAGGGAUGACAUUUUGGUACUGAGUAUUAGAGUCUAGAUCUUGGCUGUGAGCAGUGACCAGAGAAGGCAGGGGAACUUUCUAGGUGUCAGCUGACAUCUUGCCAUCAUAUGGAAGCAUCUGGGUACUUUCCCUGGAGGAUCCAGAGAAGUAAAGUCCCUUCCGGGUAGAAUGCAGAAAAAUGUGGCCACCUUCAGGUUUCCAUGGGUCACACUUCAAUUCUAUUGUUCUUUGUUUUAAAAUGCAGUUCUCAUUGUCUCCAACUGGCAAGAGGCCAGCUGCCCAUUAACUUCUCCCAUUGCAGAGAGAGUAAGGAGGAGGAGGGAGAGGAACAAAAGGAGAAGGAGAAAGAAGAGGAGAAGAGACCCAGGAGUAGGAAGAAAAAUAAUCUUAGAAUAUUCUAGAUCAAAGGACCCCUAGGACUAUCAUUGCCCAAACUAAACUGAGUUUUUUAAAAAAACUUACAUAAACGUAUUUAGGAAGGAGACUUCAUGUCAUUACCAUAAAUGGAGAACUCUGGGUACCUUCGUCAUCAACAGAAGGAAACUGUAAAAAUGAACAAAGAAAACAACUUCAUUCCGUUCCAGCUGCAUAUCGUUUCCUGUGGAGGCUCUGAGCCAGAGGCUGGUCUUGAAUGCUGGUGAUGUUAGAGGCAUCUUAGCACUCAACUGGAACUUUCUCCUCAUGUAAUCAGGAUCAAGAGGAGUCCCCAGCACUAUGAGGGCCUGGAUCUUCUUUCUCCUCUGCCUGGCCGGGAGGGCCUUAGCAGCCUCUCAGCAGGAAGCUCUGCCUGACGAGACAGAGGUCGUGGAGGAAACCGUGGCUGAGGUGGCCGAGGUGCCUGUGGGAGCCAACCCUGUCCAGGUGGAAGUGGGAGAAUUUGAGGAUGGUGCCGAGGAAACUGUAGAGGAGGUGGUGGCUGAAAACCCCUGCCAGAACCACCACUGCAAACAUGGCAAGGUGUGCGAGCUAGAUGAGAGCAAUACCCCCAUGUGCGUGUGUCAGGACCCCACCAGCUGCCCUGCUCCCAUCGGCGAGUUUGAGAAGGUGUGCAGCAAUGACAACAAGACCUUCGACUCUUCCUGCCACUUCUUUGCCACAAAGUGCACCCUGGAGGGCACCAAGAAGGGCCACAAGCUCCACCUGGACUACAUUGGGCCUUGCAAGUAUAUCCCCCCCUGCCUGGAUUCUGAGCUGACCGAAUUCCCCCUGCGCAUGCGGGAUUGGCUCAAGAACGUCCUGGUCACCAUGUAUGAGAGGGAUGAGGACAACAACCUUCUGACCGAGAAGCAGAAGCUGAGAGUGAAGAAGAUUCACGAGAAUGAGAAGCGCCUGGAGGCCGGGGACCACCCCGUGGAGCUGCUGGCCCGGGACUUUGAGAAGAACUACAAUAUGUACAUCUUCCCAGUGCACUGGCAAUUCGGCCAACUAGACCAGCACCCCAUUGAUGGGUACCUGUCCCACACCGAGCUGGCUCCACUGCGUGCUCCUCUCAUCCCCAUGGAGCACUGCACCACCCGCUUUUUCGAGACCUGUGACCUGGACAAUGACAAGUACAUCGCUCUGGAAGAGUGGGCCGGCUGCUUCGGCAUCAAGGAGCAGGAUAUCGACAAAGAUCUUGUGAUCUAAAGUACAGUCUCGUCUGAAGGUCCUGGAUUCUCUCUAUUUGACCUCUCCCUUCCUGUUUCCCCCAAAGUUUAAAAUGUUUGGAUGGUUUGUUGUUCUGCCUGGGGAUAAGGUGCUAACAUAGAUUUAAAUGACUACAUUAACGGUGCUAAAAAUGGAAAUUGUAACCCAAGUCAUGACAUUUUCAGUUGUAACUUGACUCUCAAGGCUUUGACUCACCCAUUCACAGCUCCACCUCUCUCCUGUCAUUUGCAACACUGCCUGCCCAUCAUCUUUCUGGCUAUGGUGGAACCAAGCCUGCCUUAGACACACACACAGCAUCUUUGGAUUUUCUAUUUUUCUACUUCAAUCUCAUACUCACCAAGUUAGACUUUGUGUUAAUUUUAUUUCAGGGUAUCUUCCCGGUGUGGCCUGGAGGAGGGCAAAGGGACAUAGACAUAUGGUGUGGACAAGGGUUUUCUGGGACUGGAGGACCAGUGGUGGGAGAGAUCCCUGUGGAAUCCACCAGCCAGAACCACAGAUAGCAAGUUUUGGUUGCCUGGGGCUGUGACUAAGAGAAAGAUUCUGGAGCUGUUAUGGAACUCUGUAAACUCAAAGGCUGGGUUCCUGCCAUCAACUCCUUCACUCUCCAGUGAAGUUUCUUUUGACAUCAAACUCUGGGAGUUAUGGCCAUCAGU